AUGGCCGAGACCACAUGGUCGCGCUACCGCUGUGUCCUGAUCCUGGCAGGUUUGUUCGUGAUUGGUGCGUUGACAGUCAUUUUGGGCGUCGCCCUUGGUGUAAUAGCCAAUCAAGUUGAUGAUACACACGAAGGCGUGGUUCAAAGAGUGUUGGAUGAGUACCCACUGAUAGACGGUCACAACGAUUUACCUUGGUCAAUUCGUCAAGCAACUCAAAAUAAAGUCUAUUCGUUUGACCUUAACGACGACAUAACACAGAUAUGGACAGAGGACACAAACGUAACUGAUCCUACAAUAGCAUGGAUGCCUUCCGCCACAGAUAUACCCAGGCUUCGUCAGGGCAAAGUUGGAGCACAGUUCUGGGCGAUCUUUGUGGCGUGCUCGUCCGCUGGUAAGGACGCCGUGCGGAUGGCUUUAGAUCAGAUCGAUGUCGUGUACAAGUUUGUGCGUCGGUACUCCGACGUCUUCGAGAUGGUCAGGACGGCCGACGGGAUACUGGAUGCAUUCCGAAGGAAAAAAAUUGCUAGCGCCAUAGGGAUCGAAGGAGGUCACAUGAUCGGUAAUACCCUCGGGGUUCUUCGUAUGUACUAUGAGUUAGGGGCUCGUUACCUGACUUUAACCCACAGUUGUGAUACCGACUGGGCAGACAACUAUUUAGUUGACCUCAAUGGAACAUCGACAAGAGGACUUACAGAUUUUGGCAAGAUAGUUGUCAUGGAGAUGAAUCGAUUAGGAAUGAUGAUAGAUCUAUCUCAUGUGUCACAUCAGACCAUGAUCGACGCUAUUAUGACGUCAAAAGCGCCUAUUUUCUUCAGUCACUCAAAUGUCUUCACCUUGUGUAAUCACUACAGAAAUGUACAGGACGACAUCCUCGAUUUAACGAAAGAAAAUGGAGGCAUAAUAAUGGUGAAUUUUUACAAUGGUUACCUAAACUGUGAACCAAAUCAACAACAAAACACAACAAUUGAGACAGUAGCUGAUCACAUAGACUACAUCAAGGAAAGACUGGGGGCAGACUUUGUAGGGCUUGGUUCGGACUUCGAUGGCGUGUACCCAUUACCAUCAGGUCUGGAAGAUGUGUCUAAAUACCCUGACCUGUUCUUGGUGCUCCGUAAGAGAGGUUGGACAGAAGCUGAGCUCAGAAAAUUAUCCGGUGAAAACUUCAUUAGGGUUUUCAAGGCAGUAGAACGGGUGCGAGAUAGUUUGCGAGACCAAUCGCCUUUCGAGGAUAGAAUUGACGAAGAGCUAAUUCAAGUAAAAGAAUGCACAACAAACAUAUAA